GCUCUUCUGGUUAGAUGCUAAACUGCAUUUUGUUGCCUUGUACAUGGGUAAUGACAGUAAAGUUGAAUCAAAUCUAAUCUAAAGUUACAUUUAACAGGUACUGUAUGAGUGAAGACAUUUUAGUUGUAAAGAUUAUAAUGUCUCUCAGUAUGACAGAGUUGUUUUAGAAAUACUGGUCAAGACCUGAAUUGUUGUGGAGUCACGAUGGCUUUCAACACUGAUUUUGGAGUUUGUUUAUUUUUGAUGGAGCUGAGCUAACACUUUUUCUCCAUUGUUUGUGCUAAACUCAGACAUUGUUCCAUAAAUGAGCACCAGAUAAGGUAAAAGAGCAAGAGAAAAGACAGGGAGAACAUUAAGGUUACAAACUUUAACUCUGGCUGAGCCUGAGAGCAUUUGCAGGAAGAAUGGGGCAAACUGCCCUUAUGUCCUGCAACCUUCUGCCAGUGCAAAAGCUGUAGUAUUAACACUUGAUAAAACUGAGGUUGUAGGGCCCUUCAGGAGGUGCUACAGGUUGUGGCUGAGGAUUUGGGGUGUCUCAAAAGCGUGUGGUGGAAGAGCAUCUUGUGCUGAUGAUUUCAUGCAAAUUGAUGUGUCCAGCAGGCGGCGCUGUUGUCUGUAGAGAUGUCACAGAUCAACAAUUUAUUGUUUCAACUGUAAGAUAUUUUAUGUGAUCACUUGUAUUGCUUUAUAUUUUUAACAGUUCUGUUUUCUGUAUUGAGGUGUUUAUAUUUUACUGAACAUCUGAUCCAGAUUUGGCCGACCUGUUCAUCUUUGGCGUAAUGGCGUCACGCCCCCCUCACCCACGUAGGAUUUAUUUCCCCAUCACCGCAUCCUCCAUUCAACCAAGAAACCGCAGCGGGACUCCGCGACAACAGCAGGGUGAGUAGGAGGCCCGCACCGCAGGGAGAAGAGUGCAGUAUGAGACCUGCCACGGGGACAGAGAGCCAACCGGAGCCACCACCGCUACACACUGGAGGAGGCGACAUGACUACAGAGUAAACAGGCAGGAGGACGCUACUGAGCUCUCGGUGAGGGGAAGGAUACGCAGGUGGGUUGAAUGGAUGAUCAGAUGGCGGCUGAAGGUCCUCACGGAGCGGCUAACUAACUGAUGCUGUGUCUGCUCCUGGUGCCUUUGCCACAUUCACAGAGCUCCCCUGCUGAGUCCAGCGGCCGCAGUCAGGAUGUCUGGACCUACCACAGAGGCCGAGUUGGGACCGGAGCUUCCGGACCUAAGCCACCUGAUGGAGGAUGAGCGGUGCAUCAUCCUAUCGGUGAUGGAGAGAUGGAGGAGGAUAAAGAGCAAAGCAUGCUCAACUACCAUGGCAAUGAGGAGAAGGAGCUGCUAGACCGGAGGCCUUCAAUCAGAGAUGGACGAGACGUUUGUACUCAGAGGGUCCGCCACCAACGCCACCAACGCGCCGUCUUCCUGGCAGCUGCCCAGCCUGACCACCUGAUCCUGAGACGCACAGCUCUCCAUCUGAAUCGACCUGAGGGCUUGGUUGGAUCUGGAGCUCAGAGGUCAUUCUCUGUGGACCGGGCAGCCAACCGUGUCAGGCCCACAUCUCCCCAGUGCAGCCUUUUACCACAGCAAAACCUGGAGCCUAGUUCCACUCUCCAGAAGAAGUUGACCGAUGAGAGUGUAGCACAGAGGGGGAGAAGAAUUGGGAAGAUGCAUGUGAUCGGUAGCUUCAGCAGUUCUGAGGAGGAGCUAGUGACCAUGCCUGAAUAUACCAGCUGUGAUGAGCCCGACAGAGACAUGGACAGCCAAUGGUGGGAUCAUGGUUCCUGGCACGGCGAGCCUGCACCCAUGUCCAUGCAACCAGUCACAUGGCAACUGUCCAAGGAUGGAGAGCAUCUGAUUGGUCAAAUCCUACUGAACAAGAGGAUGAAGGAUGGGACAGUUCCUGUAGAUACAGGAGCGCUGUUGGGUCUCAAGGUUGUCGGGGGGAAAAUGACGGAGUCUGGACACCUCUGUGCGUUCAUCACCAAAGUGAAGAGAGGAAGUCUGGCUGACACGGUGGGACACCUGAGGCCAGGUGAUCAGGUUCUGGAGUGGAACGGCCAUGUUCUACAGGGAGCCACAUUUAAUGAAGUUUAUAACAUCAUCCUGGAGUCCAAGUCAGAACCACAGGUGGAGCUGGUGGUGUCCCGUCCCAUCAGAGACAUUUCCAGAGCAGCCGACAGCUCCCGCGUCCAGCUGGACUCCAGUUCCAGUUCCUUUGACUUGCAGAAAGUUGGUCCAUCCAUCUCCGUCAUGUCUCCCAUGAGUCCCAGCAUUCUGUCAGGACUGCCAAUCAGCUGUCAGUUAACAGCCAUUUCCAUGGUGAUGUGUGUUUUUCAGACUGUGAACAGGCGUCCUCUGGUUCCCAGAAUUCAGCUAAAGCUCUGGUAUGAUAAAGUUGGUCAUCAGCUGAUUGUCACCGUUCUUGGUGCCAAAGAUCUUCCUGUUCGAGAUGAUGGCCGACCCAGGAACCCUUAUGUCAAGAUCUGCUUCCUGCCAGACAGAAGCGAUAAGAGUAAGCGGAGGACAAAAACACUGAAGAAGUCAGUGGAACCUCGGUGGAACCAGACCUUCAUGUACUCGCCAGUUCACCAGUGGGAGUUCAGAGAACGGAAGUUAGAGGUGACGGUCUGGGAUCAGGCGCGGGUCAGAGAGGAGGAGAGCCAGUUCCUGGGAGAGGUCCUGAUAGAACUGGUCUCAGCUCUGCUGGACGAUCAGCCUCACUGGUACAAACUGCAGCUUCAUGACCUUUCCUCUGUGCCGCUGCCCAACACCUCCCCCUACCCGCAGAGGAGAGGACUGCAGCCUGAAGUCCCUCAGGCCAGCAGGAGGCUGCAGAGGUCUCAGAGGAUCAGUGACAGUGAGUUUUCAGACUACGACUGUGAAGAUGGCAUUGGGGUGAUAUCAGGUGAACAUGUCCUGCUCUCCUCCCUCUCAGUACAGGAGCAGGUGAUAUUGUCCGAUCACUGCUCUCGAGCCAACAUGGUUAGGAUGAGGACACGGUCACCAAGCCAACCACCUCCUCACAGGAUGAACCCAAGUCCAACAGGAAUGUCAGUCUUCAACCGCCGAGCACGCCAGUUGCCUGUCAUCCCGACCAGAGGAGCUCCAGACAGAAUCCAGUCACAGCUGCCUCCAGAACCUAUCCUGCCCCCUGCACUUGCUCCAUCACCAGCCCCGGCCCCGCAGACUCCAGGUGUGAUAGAGGAUCAUUCAAAGAUGAGGGCCAACCUGUCCUUUAAAUCAUCAAACAGCGAUGUGUCGGCCAUUUCCAAUAGCCGAUCUGUGCACAGCAUCAGAACAGGGGCGACGUGUGGAGCGCCUCUUACAAAGUCGUCAAGUGUCGGAGGUGAAAUCUGUUCUCUGGGGAGAAAUGAUGAUGACGAUGAUGACAAGAGGCGGCGCUUGAGUUUUGGAGCGAAGAUGAUGGGAAUGGUUGGACUGGGAAAGAAGAGUCAGAGUGCCUCCCAGCUGAACCCUGAAGAGGAAGAGAAGAAGAAGAAGGUGGCGAGACUACCUGUCCAGAGAAGCAUAGAAACUGGUUUGGCCAUCGAGUUCAAAUCCCGUUUCACCCGACAACCAAGUUGUGACCCGGAUGCAGAGGACCCCAAACUUGGAGCUCUGAUAUUUCCGGGAGUGAAGUUGGCAUCAGACAAACAAUUCACUGGCUUCCUGGAAGGAUUAGGCCCCGCCCAGCUGGCUGGACGCCAGACUCUGGCAACGCCCCCAAUGGGUGACAUCCAGAUCGGGAUGGUGUACAGGAAGGAGCGUCUGGAUGUGGAGGUGAUCCGAGCUCGAGGGCUUGUGGGUAAACAAGGCCACAAGAACACUCCAGCUCCAUAUGUGAAGGUGUAUCUGAUGGACAGCGGGAAGUGUGUGCUGAAGAGAAGAACUCGUCUAGCGAGAAAAACAAUCGACCCUCUCUAUCAACAACAGCUGCAGUUUGAAGAGAACCCUGAGGGGAAAGUACUACAGAUUAUCGUGUGGGGCGACUAUGGUCGGAUGGACCAUAAAUCCUUCAUGGGUGCUGUUCAGAUUCUAUUGGAUGAUCUGGACCUAUCUAACAUGGUGAUUGGCUGGUUUAAACUGUUUCCUGCCACCUCAUUGGUGGACCCUGCCUUGGCCCCAUUGACCAAUAAGGAGACAGAGGGCAGUAAGUCCUAGAGGCAGGACUGACUGCAUCAUAGUAGCCACAAGUGGGACAAGUUGUUGCUGAGCUGGGCCUAAAGAAAGAAGUCCCAUGACCCUCCUCUGCUUCUGCAAGAUGACAUCACAGGGUAAUACAAGUGCCACACUGAUGUCAGUGGAAGUAGGAGGGAAGCUCCACCCACUGACACGAGAACCUAUCCUUGUGCGGAGGGUGAAACUACAAAACAAAGAAGGGGUCAUGUGACUUCCAGCUGCCAGCUCAUCAUAGCAGGUCUUUAGGAGUCAUGCGACUGUUACAGGCCUAUACAGUCACCUGG